CGCUUUUUCCCACGCUGGUUCCGUGUCUGCUUAGUGCCGCACCUCCUCCUGGUCUUAGGCGUCUCGUGUCUGGGGGCGAUUCCGGCUAUAGCCACCGCCGCCGCGAUGGGCAAAACUGCCGACUCUCGGGGCCCGGGAGCCCGACCCGACCCGGUGAGGAGCUUCAAUCGCUGGAAAAAAAAACACAGCCAUAGGCAGAACCAAAAGAAGCAGUUGAGGAAACAGCUGAAGAAGCCAGAGUGGCAAGUCGAGCGCGAGAGUAUUAGCCGUCUUAAGCAGAACUACAAGAAAAUAAAUAUAAAUGUAAAUGAAAUUUCAAGAUUUUCUGAUUUCCCCUUGUCAAAAAAAACGUUGAAAGGUUUGCAAGAAGCCCAGUAUCGUUUGGUAACUGAAAUACAGAAGCAGACCAUUGGGUUGGCUUUGCAAGGCAAGGAUGUACUUGGAGCCGCUAAAACUGGAUCUGGCAAGACUUUGGCUUUCCUUGUUCCAGUGCUAGAAGCCUUAUAUCGUCUGCAGUGGACCUCGACAGAUGGGCUGGGGGUUCUGAUAAUAUCACCAACAAGAGAACUGGCCUAUCAGACCUUUGAGGUUCUCCGAAAAAUAGGAAAGAAUCAUGAUUUCUCAGCUGGUCUCAUCAUUGGUGGAAAGGAUCUGAAACACGAAGCUGAGAGAAUCAACAACAUAAAUAUACUUGUUUGCACACUGGGUCGGCUUCUUCAACACAUGGAUGAAACAGUAUGUUUUCAUGCCACCAAUCUCCAAAUGUUAGUUCUUGAUGAAGCAGAUAGAAUCUUGGAUAUGGGCUUUGCUGAUACUAUGAAUGCUAUUAUUGAAAAUCUUCCCAAGAAACGACAAACUUUGCUUUUCUCAGCAACACAAACGAAAUCUGUAAAGGACCUUGCUCGCUUGAGUUUGAAAAACCCUGAGUAUGUCUGGGUUCAUGAAAAAGCAAAAUAUAGCACUCCUGCCACUUUGGAACAGAACUACAUAGUUUGUGAACUGCAGCAAAAAAUAAGUGUGCUGUAUUCCUUUUUGAAAAGCCAUCUGAAGAAGAAGAGUAUUGUAUUUUUCUCAAGUUGUAAAGAGGUUCAGUAUCUGUACCGAGUGUUCUGCCGACUGCGUCCUGGUAUUUCUAUCCUUGCUCUCCAUGGUCGACAGCAGCAGAUGAGAAGGAUGGAAGUCUAUAAUGAAUUUGUCCGCAAGAGAGCUGCAGUACUUUUUGCUACUGAUAUCGCAGCCAGGGGUCUGGAUUUCCCUGCUGUAAACUGGGUUCUUCAGUUUGAUUGUCCAGAGGAUGCCAACACAUAUAUUCAUAGAGCGGGGAGAACUGCCAGGUACAAAGAGGAUGGUGAAGCUUUAUUAAUUUUGCUUCCCUCAGAAGAAAAAGGGAUGGUACAGCAGCUUCUCCAGAAGAAAGUGCCUGUGAAGGAAAUCAAAAUCAAUCCAGAAAAGCUUAUAGAUGUCCAGAAAAAACUGGAAUCCUUUCUAGCCCAAGAUCAAGAUUUAAAAGAAAGAGCUCAAAGGUGUUUUGUCUCCUACAUACGUUCAGUGUAUCUGAUGAAGGAUAAAGAAAUAUUUGAUGUGAACAAGUUACCUAUACCUGAAUAUGCCCUGUCUCUUGGCCUUGCAGUGGCACCACGGAUAAGAUUCCUUCAGAAAAUGCAGAAAGAACCCACCAAAGAAUUAAUAGUGAGCAAAGUCAAUAAAGUAAUUGAACCAAGGGCUCCUUCCCUUACCAAUGAUGAAGUGGAAGAAUUUAGAGCCUAUUUCAGUGAGAAGAUGUCCAUCCUUCAGAAAGGUGGGAAAAAACUAGAAGGGACAGAAUACAGACUGACUAAUGUUAGUGAUGAAGAUCAGGAGGAAGAGGAAGACAGUGAGGAGGAAAUGGAAGAGAAACUGGGAAAAACAAAAGCAUCUCAAACUCAAUCUGUUUCUAAUACUGUUGAGGCCCAGAAGACCAAGGAGAUUCCUAUGCAGUUUAUGGACAGAGAUAAGGAAGAUGAUGAUGAACCUGAUGCUGAUUUCCUUAAGGUCAAGAGGCACAAUGUGUUUGGGUUAGACCUCAAAGAGAAUAAAGCAUUACAGAAGAAAGAAACUUCUAAAUCCAGUGUCAAGAAAAAAGUGACCAAAGUUGCAGAAGCAAAAAAAAUAAUGAAGAGAAAUUUUAAAGUGAAUAAGAAAAUAACUUUCACUGAUGAAGGGGAGGUAAGAUUCUAUAAAUGCUUACUUUCUGAGUUUUAUUCCAAAUAUUACGAGGAGUUUGGCUCUCCCGCUAACUCGCCAUUUAUUACUGAGAGAGUAAAUGUUUCUCUGAAGCACUUGGAAGUUCUUUUCACUGUUAGUAGAGAUUUCAUCGGCCUUGCCACAGUGGACAAGGUUGGUUCAGGGCCACAAAUGCAGAAAUCCAUCAUGAAUGAUACAGAAGAAGAUGAUGACACUGGUGGUAUCAACUUAAAUAAAGCAAAGGAAAGGCUUCAGGAAGAGGACAAAUUUGACAAAGAAGAAUAUAGGAAGAAAAUUAAGGCAAAGCAUCGGGAGAAAAGAUUGAAAGAAAGGGAGGCCAGGAGAAAAGCCAAUAAGAGGCAGUCAAAGACCAAAGAUGAAGAAGAAGCCUUUUUGGAUUGGAGUGAUGAUGAUGAUGGUGGAUUUGAUCCAAGCACACUUCCUGAUCCAGAUAAGUACAAAAGCUCUGAAGAAUCAGCUAGUGAAGAUAUGGAAAAUAAAAUAAGUGAUACCAAGAAGAAGCAGGGAAUGAGGAAAAGAAAUAACAGCGAAGUGGAAGACGUGGGACCAGCAAGUCGUAAUAGAAAGAAGGCCAAGUGGGAAAGCCUAGAGCCUUUGGAUACAGGCCUGUCCUUAGCAGAGGAUGAAGAGCUGGUGUUACAUCUGCUUAAAAGUCAAAGCUAAAUACCUCCUACAUCUACCUUCUCCUUAAAACCUCUGGUUUUGACUGUGUGUGAAAGAAAGAAGAUGAAAGCCAAUUGACUUUGGGGCACUUAGGUACCUUGAGUUCCAUACCCCAAGGACACCUUCUCUGGACAGAAACAGCCAGAUCUCUAAGCCUCUGUCACAGGACUUGUUUUGCACCAUCACAGAGCAUACUCAGAGUGAAGGGAGAUUUACAAUUUCCUGAUCCCAUUUUCUGGCAUGUGCUCUGUUAGGUUUUAUCCUUGGGCUUCUACACUGGUCAUCGGAAAUGCUUUCUUUGUUUUACUGGCAAGUUCUGGAGCUUUUGUUUUCAUCGUUAGAAUUCCUGUCUUGCUUAUUACACAGAAGUUUCUAUGUUACCAUUAAACAAAAUUGUUCAUAAUUUUAAUGUAUUUAAUAUCUCUAAAGAGACCAAAAGCAAUGGACCAGCCCUGGUAAGGAACGAGUAUUUUUGAAUUGAAACGAAUAAUAAACAUAUUUCCUAUAAAAUAAAGAAUUAAUAUUUUCAUUGUGUCCAGUAAUUUAAGAGAACUCUCAAGGGAAGAUUCUUCAGAUUAAAAUGCUUGGCCAAUUCCUAAAACGGUGAAAUGUUCACGUUAACCUUCUGAAAGAUAAGAUCAUUUAACUUGCCCUUACGGAUUGGCUAGUGAUUAUUUAUUAAAAUAUGUAGAAGUCCUGAAUUGAAAUACUUUGUGGCUGAAAUCUGUUCUCUUCUGAGCCUUACAUCGUGGCCCAUGGGUCUCUUGCAAGUGCUUGGGUUGGCAGGUACCACUGAUCUCUA